AUGAGCUUUCUUACGACAAUCCGUAUUUACAACGAUCCCUCUGAUAAAAGAACGUUUGAGCGGCAAAUCAUUCAAGAUUUCAAUAUUUACGACAACGCCGUUGAAAUGAAAAAGAGUGUUUUCGAGGCUACAGAAUCUUUCUUUGAGGAAGAUGUCACGGUGGAUGACGUGGAUAUUGGGUAUGUGGGAAAGAGUAAUAACAAGCGGUUGAUUAAAACGGAUCAACACGUUGAUGACGCUUACACAAGCAGGUUUCAUCACAAACACAGCGAGCUGGUCAUCUUUAUUGAAGAAAAAAAGAGAACACGC